AAAUAAUACUACUUAUAUUCUUGACGUAUAUUGAAAACAUUCUUAAUUUUUAAAUUUGAAAUAUCACGAUGGAAGAACUCAAAAACAGUUUCCCGUUCGAAAUCCGAAAUGUUGAAGGAACCGAUAAUAAAGAACUGAGUAAAUAUUUUUUGGGUGCUGGGAACUUUAAUAUUCAAGUGGGACCAAAGAAGUAUUUGCUAAUGAGUGACUACAAAGGUGAUGCUGACAAUAUCUACAAUAUGCCGCUGAGACAGGACGACAUAUUCGUUGUUACUUAUCCACGUUCAGGUACAACUUGGACGCAAGAAUUGGUGUGGCUUUUGGCAUCGGGUUUAGAUUAUUCUACAGCAGUAAAGGUUCCGCUCUCGUCAAGAUCCAUAUUUCUAGAAUUUCCCAUGCUAAUGCACCAAAACAUAGUGGAACAUUUAAUGAAAGAACACGCUGAAAAGCCGGAGAACUUGAAAACUUUCCAACUAAUGAGAACUCCUGGUUCGGAGCAAGUCGCUAGGAUGCCCUCACCGCGAUUCAUCAGGACACAUCUGCCUCUCUCGCUCCUGCCUCCAACUUUGCUCGACUCCACUAAAGUUGUCUACGUGGCUCGGGACCCUCGGGACGUCGCUGUUUCAUACUAUCAUCUUUCCAGCGAGUUCAAGUCAUACAAUUUUAAUGGCGAUUUCAAAACUUAUUGGAGUUUAUUCGUCAGAGAUCUAGUGUAUUGGUCACCGUUUUUCGAGCAUUUAAAAGAAGCUUGGGAGAUGCGUCACCACCCGAACAUGAUGUUUUUAUUCUACGAGGAAUUAUUACAGGAUUUACCCACGACAGUGCAACGCGUCGCUGAUUUCUUAGGGAAGGAGUACACAGCUGACCAGAUAAAAGAACUAUGCACACAUUUGAAAUUCGAGAACUUCAAGAAGAACCCGUCUGUUGGUAUCGAUAAUUUAAAAGAGUACGGUAUGAUGGCACCAAAGGGAGAGUUCAUUAGAAAAGGCAAGUCAGGAGGCUGGCGUGACUACUUCGACGAUGAAAUGACGCGCGAAGCUCAACGCUGGAUUGAUAACAACUUGCAUAACACCGACAUUCAAUUCCCAACUGUGCAAUGAUUACUUUUCUUUUUACAAAAUAAACAAUUCGCAAAUUAUUUAACUUAGCACUACUUCUGCUCUA